AUGUCCUCGACGGCGCCGAUGGCCGCGUCCGCGACGCGGGCCGUCGGGACGCACCGUCCGACCUCGCGCGUCGCGCGGUCGCGCCUCGCGGCCGCUCGCGCGAGCGCGUCCCGGGCGCCCGGCGUCGCGUCGUCGUCGACGUUUCGUCGGCGAGUGACGUCGACGAAACGUCCGACGCGAGGAGGCGUCGUCCGCGUCCGCGCGCUCGGCGGCCCUCUCCCCGACCUCGCCGACGUGGACCUCGCCGCGACCGCGCGCGCGAUCAAAGCCACCGAGCUCGAGCUCAGCGCGGAAAUCUGGCGCGGCGUCGACGGCGCGCUCGACGCGCUCUCCGCCGCGCGCGACGAUCUCGUCUCCAGCGCGACCGCGUCCGCGGACGCGACCGCGGUCGCGGCGUCGACCGCGUCGAGAGCGCUCGUGGACCUCCUCCCGGACGCGCUCGUGGACAACGUCGCGAGCUCCGCGGACGCGCUCGUCGCCGCGCUGCCGCCGUCGCUCGUGCGCGUCGCGACGGACGCGGCGACGGAGGCGGCGAACGCCGGCGUCGGCGCCAAGUUCGCCGCCGCAGCCGUCGUCCUCGCGCUCGCGCCGCGCCUCUUGGGCUUCGCGGGUGCCGGGAACGCGAACGCGGGCAUGGACGAGUGGGCCGCGCUCGCCGCGAGCGAGGGCGAGGACGAGCCGGACGAUCUCAAGGAGUACGACCCGAAGGCGAUCGUCGCGUUCUUCAAGAAGCGACCGCUCGUCGCGUUGAAGCGAAUGGCGCGGAGCGGCCGGCUCCUUGGCGGGUUCGGGUUCGACCUGUGGCUCGACCGCAAGAUCCUCGGCGACGAGCCGGAGGAGAAGCGCAAGAACGAGGUGGACGCCAGGCGCGCGGCGCAGCUCCGCGACCUGCUCAUCGCGCUCGGGCCGACGUACGUGAAGCUCGGGCAGGUGCUGUCGUCGCGGCAAGACUUACUCCCCGCGGCGUACGUGAAGGAGCUCAGGACGUUGCAAGACGCGGUGCCACCGUUCGACGACGCGCUCGCGCGGAGGAUCCUGGAAGCGGAGCUCGGCGUCGCGAACGCGCGCGCGCUCGCGCUGAGCGACGCGCCGAUCGCGUCCGCGUCGCUCGGGCAGGUGUACCGAGGGACGCUGCGCGACGCGGACGGGUCGACGAAACCCGUCGCGGUGAAGGUGCAACGCCCAGGCGCGCUCGUCGCCAUCUCGCUGGACGUCGGGAUCAUCCGGUCGUUCGCGGAGCCGUGGCGGAAGUUCAAAGGACUAAACACGGACCUCGAGAGCCUCGUCGACGAGUGGGGGAGGCGGUUCGUCGAGGAGCUCGACUACGAGAGAGAGGCGAACAACGGCGAACGGUUCCGAACGGCGAUGGAGUCGAGGCCGGAUCUCGCGGGUGUCGUCACCGCGCCGAAAGUUCAGCGCGUUGCGAGCACGCGGCGAGUCCUCACCACGGACUGGAUCGAGGGCCAGCGGCUGGACACGUCCGAGGAAGGGGACGUCCCGAGGCUGUGCGCGGUCGCGCUCGCGGCGUACCUCGCGAUGUUGCUCGACAUCGGCGUGUUGCACGCGGACCCGCACCCGGGGAAUUUGUUCCGAACCGCGGACGGGAAGCUGUGCAUCCUGGACUGGGGGCUCGUGACCCCGGUGUCGGACGAGCUCUCCACCGCGACGUUGAAGUUCAUCGCGCACCUCGUGUCGAAAGACUUCGAGCGCGUGCCCGCGGACUUGGACGCGAUGGGGUUCAUCCCGACCGGGAAGAGGGAGGCGAUGGAGGACGCCGGCGUCGCGUCCGCGAUUGGGCUUCUCUUCAGCGCGCUCGCGAAAGGCGGCGGCGCGGAGGGUUUCCGCGCCGAGCUCGGUUUACCGGACGAGGAGAAGAUCAAGGAGAUUAGGAAAGAGCUCAAGGGCGUGAAGGACAUGAAAGUGCGGCGAGAGAAGUUCUUGGAGGCGAGCGGCGGCGCGGACAGCAAAGUCGCGCAGCUCACGCGCGACCUCGAAGGCAUCCAGGAGAAGUACGGGAACAUCUUCCAGAUUCCGUCGUACUUUGGGUACAUCCUGCGGUCGUUCUCCGUGCUCGAGGGGAUCGGCCUCGCGUCGGAUAAAAACUACAGCAUCGCGAACGAGUGCUACCCGUACGUCGCGCGGAGGUUGCUCACGGACCGGAGCCCGGACACGCGAGCGGCGCUCGAACAGCUUCUGUACGGCCGCGACGGUCCGAGAGCGACCCUGAGCGUCAAGCGCGUGAAACAGCUCGCGAACGCGUUCGGGAACUACUCCACGAUGACCGGCGCCGGGACGGCGACGACCGCGAUGGCCAUCGCGAGCGCGGACGAGACCACCGCGCUGACGACGACGGAGAGACGCUUGACGACGAAGAAGGCGGCGGCGCUCUCGGACGGCGCGAAGGAGGCGCUUCGUCUCGCGUUCGCCCCCGAGGGCGGCCCGGUGCAGGACAUCAUGCUCCGCGAGAUGGCGCGGUACGCCGCCGCGAGCGCGAGCGAGGCUGUCUCCAGCGUCGCCGCGGCGCCGGCGACGGCGCUCUUCCGCGGCCUCGCGGACGCGCAGCAGGCGGCGUUCACGGCGAUGGGACCGGCGCGGCCGCCGCUGCCGACGGCGCUCGAGUUUUUCGCGCCCGUCGCCGCGGCGACGAGGCAGACGGAGGAGGAUCUGGAGACGCUCCGCGUCGCGGAGGAGCUCAGGGAGCUCAUCUCCGGGCUCGCGCCGGGGGGUCCGGGCGGUACGGGUGGCGAAGGCGCGAGCGGCGCGGCGUGGGUGGAGGUGCCCGUGCUCGGGGAGGUGCCGAACCCAGGGCUUCCGCGACCGCCGAUCGACGGAGAGACGCUUCGGGAGCUCUUCGCGAUGGCCCCGGAGCUCGCCCCGGGGGCGCAGGCCGCGGCGCUGAGGUUUGGGUCCGUGCUCCUCGAGCAGGCGGCGCAGAGGGUCGCGGACGCGGAGAAGGACGACGCGGCGACGCGGUCGUGA